UAAUACACAGCCCAGUGGAAAACCAAUUAUUAUUCCUGUUCCGUUGCCAAUAUUUGUUCCGGCACCGCUUCAUAUGUUUAACCGUCCCGUGCCAACACCUAUGCCCUUUCCAUUGCCAAUUCCGGUUCCAGUGUUUAUUCCGACGACAAAAACAUCCUCAUCUGAAAUCUUAAAGCAUAUCAAAGAAAUUCAGGAAAAAAUACCAUCUAAUCCGUACGAAGCAGAUUUACUCAUGAUGGCCGAAAUGGUGGCAGCAGACGGACAAAAAACACCAAAAGAAGGAAGCCCAGUAAAAAAGUCUGUUGGUGAUCAACUGGAGUCGUUUAAUUCCAUUGAUACAAAAGAUGCAAACGAAUCAUUUGAGAUGAAGGAGUCUCCUAUGGAUCAGGAAAAUGCCAUUGUUUCCUCAGGCUUAGAGCAAGAAACUUCGGGUCAAGAUGAGUUAUCUUCUCCAGAGAAAAGUGAAUCUCGUGCUCGAUUACGAAAUACAAAACGAACCAAAAGCAGAGGCGGCAGGGGGAGAGGAAGAAAAAAGACAAGACUAGAUGGCGAUUUUUCGGCUUCUGAUACAGCUAUGGAAGAUUCUGUUUCUACUCAAUUAUCUACUGUAAAUGAAAGUCUAGAUGAGCCUGAACAUUGCUUAAAGGUGUUCAAAUUUCAGUACACAUUUGGAGUUAAUGCUUGGAAACAUUGGGUAUUAGAGAAAAAUUCUCAGCUCGAAAAAGGUUCACAGUCAUUAAGAAAAUUAAAACUUUUUAAGACCGAUAUUCUACAGUUGUCACCCGAUGAAUUGAAUUAUUCUCUGUGCCUCUUUGUUAAAGAAGUACGCAAGCCCCAGGGUGACGAGUAUGCUCCCGAUAGUAUAUAUUAUUUAUGCUUAGGUAUUCAGCAAUACUUAUUUGAGAAUAAUAGGAUUGAUAAUAUCUUCACAGAUCCUUAUUAUGAAAAAUUUACUGAAUGUUUGAAUGAUGUACUUCAAAAAUACGAUUCUGUAAAUAAUGAAGUUCAUUUUAUUUCAAGAAUUGAAGAAGAAAUACUGUGGGAAGCCAAGCAGCUUGGAGCUCAUUCUCCUCACGUUCUUCUUAAUACAUUGAUGUAUUUCAAUACAAAAUAUUUCUUUCUGAAGACAAUUGAGGAUCACAUGCAGCUGUCGUUCUGCCAUAUUAUGAAACACUGGAAAAAAUCAUCAGUAAAAGGUAGCACAGUAAGAACGGUGCUGUUAAGAUACUAUCCACCGAUAUCCAAGGAAACGGCCAAAAAGCAGCAGCGUCGCGAAGAGCAGCCCAUCUUUGAACAGCUAGAGAAUGUAGACAAUCCGCUUCGUUGUCCUGUGAAAUUAUAUGAAUUUUAUAUGUCAAAAUGUCCAGAGAGUGUAAAGACAAGAAAUGAUGUGUUUUACUUAUAUCCAGAAAGAUCGUGCGUUCCAGAUAGUCCAGUUUGGUAUUCUACGCAGCCAUUGGGAAGAGAGUCUGUGUCCAAGAUGCUGCAGAGAAUAAGGAUGGUGCGUGAAAUCCACGAAAUAGAUGAUGACCAAAAAGGAUGAACGGAAGAUAUAAAUAAA